AUGAAGGAACUUCGAUAUGCAAUGCUCUUAUCUAAAAUCAAGACUGACUUAGAAAAAUCGCACCAGAAUGAUCAAAAUUGCGAUGUCAGUGGAUCAAAGGACGACAAUGGCAGAGAAAUCAAUGACGAAUCUGAUGAAAACAAGGAGGAAGAAAAAGAAGAUGAAGAAGACGAAGAUACUGAUGAUGCUGAUGCGGAUGAUGAAAAUGAUGAUGAUGACGACGAUGCUGAUGAUGAUGAUAAUCACAAUGGGGGUGACCCAAAAUAUGACAGUGACUCCCCUCUCUUGAUUGGCCCGGACUAUGGUGCAGCAGUACCCGAAAGAUCCUCAUCACGCAACUCAUCCUCCCGAAGUGAUGACAAAAGGGAAGCAUCACUCUAG